UGAUAACCAGAUUAGAUUAAUAUCUCGACUGAAUUCGUUCUAUAAAAUCCGGAACAAAUCAUGAAUAGCAUCAUUUCAGGCGUAUACUUCUGACAAACAUCAUCAUGAAAACUUUGCUUUUCCUUGGUUUAUUGGCUGUUGCCAAUGCGCAAUACUCUGAAGUGCGCCACAUUGCUUUAGACGCUGUCGACAAGCUCCGUGAAAUUUUGCCCGACUAUCAGAGCGCGCAUGAUAUCACGAUCAACAAACUGUACGAAUCAAAGCAAAAGGCCUUGGGAGAGCUGAACUCUUUCUACAAUCAAACAUUGACGCUGAAGACAAACUCUCUUAAGGUGGUGAUGGACGCGGAACUGAACUUACUCAACUAUGGCAACACUAUCGAGGAUUGGUGUUUCGAAAAUAACAUUUGGGGUCUAAUGAGUAUCACGGGUUGGGCUGGCAACAAGUACAGCGAAUGCAUCAAGAAGCUGGAUGACUCCAUCGAUAAGGACGUUGCUGAAAUGUACGAACAAUUCUCUGUAAGCGAGGCUAAAAUCCAGAAGUAUAGUAUUUUCGAGGUAUUCUUCAAGCCGAGCAAUAUCAUCUCUAGACCGGAAUCGCUGGCGGACACCAUCAGCAAAUUGAAAAUCGAUAUAACGGACGACAUUCCGGACUUUGACGACAUCAUUCGUACAUUCAUAAUUGAUCUCAGAGAAAAACAGUCACAGUACACGAAUUGCUUGGAUGAGCUUCAAACAGUUUUCGACGAUGAAAUUCAAAGACUGCGCAAGUUUUCGGAAGAGUGUGUCGAAGAACAAAAUAAUUAAUAAACUUCAAUAAACUAAUAAACUAUCAAUAAUG